GAAAAAAUUCAAUCCAAUCCAAUAUAAUUUUGACGUCCGCAAGGACACAGUCUCUCUCUCUCCUUCCUUCUCUCUCUAAGUUGCAGGGCGUGCCCUCUGUGGGAGAAUCCCUCCAUGAAUUUUCAGAGCGUGCUUCUAAGCUUCAUCUGAUACUCACCGAUAUCAAUUUUGGGACGAAGAAGAAGAAGAAGAAGACAAGGAAGUGGAAGAAGAAGAGGAAGAACGACAAGAACAGGUGCAAGAAGACGAGGAAGGAGGAGGAGGAGACGGCGGAGGACGAAGGAAACUCAAUUACUGAUGUAACUUCGAAGCCUCGACAAUUUAGUCAAUUUCGGUCUGCUAUUGAUAGAUUCAUACGGAACGUCCAGGUUCGAUCUUCUCGGGUAGACAGUGCGGUUAUAAUGGUAGGCGUGUCUUUGGCGAGUGAUUUCAGCUUGUGAUUGGGAAAGAUGGUAACUACGGGGCCACCUACUCCUAUGGGUGGUGGUGCACAGUCUGUUUCACCCUCACUUCUGCGAUCUGAUUCUGGAUUGCUGGGAGUUCAAGGUGGUCUGCUGCCUUCACAGGCUUUUUCUUCACUCGUGUCGCCCCGCAAUCAGUUCAAUAGUAUGAAUAUGCUUGGUAAUAUGUCCAAUGUGUCAUCUCUCCUUAAUCAAUCAUUUGGAAAUGGGGCUCCUAAUUCUGGACUUCCAUGUCCUGGUGGUGUUGACACCGGAGCAGAGCCAGACCCUCUUUCUGGUGUUGGCAAUGGAAUGAACUUUAAUAAUCCUUCAUCAUCUUUUGUAGCAUCAAUUAUGACAAACCCCGUAUCGUUUGUCCAAGGGCAGAAUCCACAAUUUUCCAACCUUUCUAGCAGCCAGUUGUUAUCAGAUCAGCAGCAGUCACAACAACUUGAACCCCAGAACUUCCAUCAAAGUCAACAGUCUAUGGAACAGUUUUCAGCACUUCAGAGCAAUCAACAAUCACAAUUUCAAGCAAUUCGAGGGUUGACUGGUGUUGGACCUGUAAAGUUGGAGCCUCAAGUGACCGGCCGUGAUCAACAUGGACAGCAGCAGCAGCAUUUGCAAACAUUGAGAAAUCUUGGUUCAGUGAAAUUAGAAUCACAACGACUUCAUUCGAUGCGAGGUUUGGCACCAGUAAAAAUGGAACCCCAACAAUCAGACCAGUCAUUAUUUCUGCAGCAGCAGCAGCAUCAACAGCAUCAGCAUUCGCAUCAACAUCAACAUCAACAACAGCAGCAGUUUCUGCAUAUGUCUAGACAGUCCUCUCAGGCAGCGGCAGCCCAAAUUAAUUUAAUGCACCAACAAAGGCUUUUGCAAUUACAACAACAACAUCAGCAACAACAUCUCUUAAAAAGUAUGCCUCCUCAACGGCCACAAUUGCAACAACAUUUACAACAGCAGAACCUUCCGCAAAGAUCUCCCGUAAAACCAGGAUAUGAACCUGGAAUGUGUGCUCGGCGUCUGACGUAUUACAUGUAUCAUCAGCAAAACAGACCUGAAGACAACAACAUAGAUUUCUGGAGGAAAUUUGUUAACGAGUACUUUGCACCUCAUGCCAAAAAGAAGUGGUGCGUUUCCAUGUAUGGAUGUGGGCGACAAACAACUGGAGUUUUUCCUCAGGAUGCAUGGCAUUGUGAAAUAUGCAAACGCAAGCCUGGGCGUGGCUUUGAAGCAACUGCUGAAGUUCUUCCCAGGCUUUUUAAGAUCAAGUAUGAAAGUGGAACUAUGGAGGAGCUACUUUAUCUUGACAUGCCCCGUGAAUAUCAUAAUGCUUCUGGUGAGAUCGUCCUGGAUUAUGCAAAAGCAAUACAGGAAAGUGUUUUUGAGCAACUUCGCGUUGUUCGGGAUGGCCAACUUCGAAUUGUUUUUUCUCCAGACCUUAAGAUAUGUUCAUGGGAAUUCUGUGCUCGACGCCAUGAAGAACUUAUUCCGAGGAGAUUAUUGAUACCUCAGGUUAGUCAUCUUGGGGCAGCAGCUCAGAAGUACCAGUCUGCCAUUCAAAGCGCAUCAUCCAAUUUAUCAACUCCUGAAUUGCAAAAUAAUUGUAACAUGUUUGUGGCUUCAGCGCGACAAUUAGCUAAAGCCUUGGAAGUUCCGCUGGUAAAUGACUUGGGAUAUACAAAGAGAUAUGUACGUUGUCUUCAGAUAUCCGAAGUGGUUAAUAGCAUGAAGGACUUGAUUGAUUACAGCAAAGAAACAGGGAUCGGUCCAAUGGAUAGUCUAGCCAAGUUUCCUCGGAGGUCUAGUUCGUCAUCGGGGCUUACAACACAAGCUCAAGGUUCUGAUGAGCAGCAGCAGCAGCAACAACAACAAUCAUCCAUAGCCCAGCGCCCAAAUAAUAAUCAGAGUUUUGUUCAGGCUUCUGCAGUGCAGAUUUCAGCUAGCAAUGGUGUGACCAGUGUAAAUAGCAACGCCAACCAACCUUCGACAUCAAACUCAGCAAGCACCAUUGUCGGGCUUCUUCACCAGAAUUCUAUGAACUCCAGACAGCAGAACACUAUGGCUAAACCUAGUAACUCAAAUGGGGGAAGUUCUGUUCAGAUUCCGUCCCCGGGUUCAUCCAGUACGAUUCCACCUACACAACCAAACCCUUCUACAUUCCAGCCGCCAACUCCCUCGUCAUCCAACAAUCCUUCGCAACCACCGCAUACAGCUGCAAAGAGUUCCAAUCAGAUGAGUACUGCUAAUUCUCCGGCAAACAUCUCUAUGCAACAAUCUGCUUUAUCUGGGGAUGCUGAUCCUAGUGAUACACAGUCCUCCGUACAAAAGAUCUUACAAGAGAUGAUGAUGAACAAUCAAAUGAAUGGCUCAUCUAGUCUGGUUGGCAUGGGUUCGGUGGUCAAUGAUAUGAAAAAUGUGAAUGGGAUCUUACCUACAGGCAAUACAGGUCUCAACAAUGGGGGGAAUUGUAUAGGGGGAAACGGAACAACCAACGGUGGCUUAGGCAUGGGAGGUGGAUAUGGAUCAAUGGGGAGUGGGCUUGGGCAGCCUGCCAUGGUUAAUGGAAUGAGAAAUGCAAUGGGAAACAACUCCAUUAUGAACAGACGAAUAGGAAUGGCGUCGCUCGCUCUAGAACAAAGCAUGAACGGUCAACAGCAGGAUUUGGGAAACCACCUUCUAAGCGGACUUGGAGCUGUAAACGGCUUAAGUAAUCUCCAAUACGACUGGAAGCCAUUCCCAUGAAGAAAAGCAAGCUAUAUAUACGAAUCGACAUACAGGGAUCGGUGCCUUGAUGAUCUCAGCUGCUGCUUCUGCAGCAUUCAUUCCAAUUGUGAGAGUUUGUGGCCGAUGGCCCUGCAAGAGAAAGGCAGGCACAGAAUGGCAAACACAGGUGCGGGACAUAAUGAUUCACACUUUGUACCAAUAUAUAUGCUUUUAUAUUAUACGAAAAAGGAAAGUCUGAUGGCAGGGGAUGGUGAAUAGGGGCAGGUUUUCUGUGAUUUCUCAAAUGUAAUCUGUCUAUUUCUAUAGUUUUCCCACUAAUGUAUCCUUCUUUUUUUAUUAUUAGUUUUCAUCAUUUAAUUUCUUCAUA